AUGCUACCGGUUCUGGCCCGACGUGGAGUUGUGCUGCGCACCGUGCGCCAGUACUCGGCGGCCACCCUGGACCCCCACGACCAGGUGUCGGAUGCGGCCAAGCCCAUGGACGAGCAGUUGAACCCCUCGUUCUUCAAGAUGGUUGACCAUUACUUCGACAAGGGAGCCCAAGUCAUUGAAAAUAAGUUGGUGGAGGAGCUGAAAUCGCGCACCAUGAGCCCCGCUGAUAAGAAGAACUAUGUUCGCGGUAUCUUGCACAGCAUCAAGCCCGUCAACAAGGUGCGUUUUAAGCGGCAGUUUGAAGAUUUUUCCUAUAUGAUGGGCUUGGUAAAGUACGGACCCGAUCCAGUGGCAAAAAACGUACCAUUUUGCAUCCGGGAAGCAUCAAAAAUGUGGCAAAAUGCUUCCCUCUCCAAGUGAAAAAACUUCGUUUUGAAGGGCGCGCUUUUGAAAUCUGAGUUUUUUUCACUUGGAGAGGGAAGCAUUUUGCCACAUUUUUGAUACUUCCCGGAUGCAAAAUGCUACUUUUUUUGCCACUGGAUCAGGUCCCCCACUGUAUAAACAUUGACAACUUUUUUCCAGGUCCUCUACAUCACAUUCCCCAUCCGCCGCGAGAACGGAGAGUACCAGAUCAUCGAGGCGUGGAGAGCGCAGCAUUCGGAGCACCGAACCCCCACCAAGGGAGGUAUCCGUUACUCGUUGGAUGUCUGUGAAGACGAAGUGAAGGCCUUGUCCGCUCUGAUGACCUACAAGUGCGCCGUUGUCGACGUCCCAUUCGGAGGCGCCAAGGGAGGCGUCAAGAUCGACCCCCGCCAAUACACCGACUACGAAAUCGAGAAGAUCACCCGGCGAAUCGCCAUCGAGUUCUCGAAGAAGGGAUUCCUCGGCCCCGGAGUGGAUGUGCCCGCGCCCGACAUGGGAACCGGCGAACGCGAGAUGGCCUGGAUCGCCGACACUUAUGCCCAGACCACUGGACACAUGGACAAGGACGCCUCGGCUUGCAUCACCGGAAAGCCGAUUGUCGCGGGAGGUAUUCACGGAAGAGUUUCGGCCACCGGAAGAGGUGUGUGGAAGGGUCUUGGAGUGUUCACAUCCGACCCAGAAUACAUGGGAAAGCUUGGACUGACCACUGGGUUGGCUGGAAAGACUUUCAUCAUCCAAGGAUUCGGUAAGCGUCUUGUUUUAGGGAUUAGGGGGAGAUGGAUAUAAAAUAAUGUAAUUUUGCUCGAUUUUUGAUCCUAAAUGGAUUUAGAUGGAUGUGCUUUGGACCGGAAUAGGGUUUAGAAUGCGAAAAUGUGCCGGUUUUUGUAGAAUUUUUUUUGAUUUUUGCUAAUUUUGCGUAAUUUUCAGGUAAUGUCGGCCUCCACACCAUGCGUUAUCUUCACCGCGAUGGAGCCAAGUGCGUUGGCGUCCAGGAAUACAACUGCUCCAUCUACAACCCUGACGGAAUCCAUCCCAAGGAACUGGAAGACUACCAGAUCGCCAACGGCACCAUCAAGGACUUCCCCGGCGCCAAGAACUUUGAGCGUCAUGAGGAGUUGAUCUUCGAGAAGUGCGAUAUCUUGGUACCGGCUGCCUGCGAGAAAGCCAUCCACAAGGGAAAUGCGCACAAGAUCCAGGCCAAGAUCAUUGCCGAAGCCGCCAAUGGACCAACCACCCCGGCCGCUGACAAGAUUCUUUUGGCCAGAGGUGACUGCUUGAUCGUCCCAGACAUGUUCGUCAACUCUGGUGGUGUCACCGUCUCUUUCUUCGAGUGGUUGAAGAACUUGAACCACGUCUCCUUCGGUCGGCUCACCUUCAAAUAUGAAAGAGACUCCAACUACCUCCUUUUGGGUGAGUUUGGAAAUUUUUAUAUUGUUUUGAGCGGUUUAGCUAAAAGGUUUAUCAAAAAAAUGUAUCAUAGAGGCUGAUGAGUGUAUUGGAAUAAAAAAUAUGGUUGAUUUUUUUCAGGCUCGGUCCAAGAAUCCCUGGAACGCGCCUUGGGCAAAAAGGUCCCCGUCGAACCUUCGUCCCCCUUCCAGGCUCGCAUCUCCGGUGCCUCCGAGAAGGACAUUGUCCACUCGGGCCUGGAAUACACCAUGCAACGCUCGGGACAAGCCAUCAUCCGCACCGCUCGCAAAUACGAUCUCGGCCUCGACGUCCGCACCGCCGCCUACGCCAACGCCAUCGAAAAGGUCUACCACACCUACAGAACCAGCGGUUUCACCUUCACCUAA